AUGGAUAAUAUAGAAGCAUCAUCAAGCAUGACAGUAGUACGAGUUGAAGAUGAUGGAAAGAUGCACAACGAUGGAGAUGGCGGUGAAGAAGAUUUUUAUGUGUUGAAUGGUGAAAUGUAUGUGGGUGAUGGAGCUAUUGUGGAGGAGGUGCAGGUUGAGGGAGGUUCGAUAGUAGCAGUGACUCCUGAUGGAAGAGUUAGUGGUUGCAGGAUUGGAGAGGUUGGGAUAGUAAGUGAACCAUUUGUUGGGAUGGUUUUCCCAAGUUAUGAUGCGGUUGAAAGUUACUACAAGCAAUAUGCUAAACAAGAAGGGUUUGGGAUUGUGCGGGCUGCUCAAGCGUACUCCUCUAAAUUUGGAGAAGAGAAGAGAAGGCGGAGUGGUUCGUGGACGUGUGAGUGUUUUGGAAAAGCGGAUAGUCGGCAUAAUAGAGUUGGUAGAAGAGUUGUGAGUAAUGUUCAAUGUGAUGAAGGGCAUGUGAAUAAAUCAAAUAAGUGUGAAUGUCCGGUCAAUAUAUAUGCUAGUGUGAAUGAUAAUGGGGAGUGGGUGUUGAGGAAAGUAGUGGUUGAACACGAGAAUCAUGAUCCAACCCCAUCAAAAUCCUGUGCCAUUAGCAUUUAUCGAGAGGAGUUGUAUAAGCAUGUUAGGAGGAGAUUAUUCAAUGACUACAAUUCUGGAGUGAAGAUACCGCAGAUUCAUGGGUGCCUAGCUAGGGAGAGGAAUGGUGUGGAGAAUUGGGUUGUUACUGAGAGGGAUUUGCGAAAUGAGGUAAGUAAGGUUAAACGGUUGAAACUUAAGGAUGGUGAUGCAAAUGCGAUGCUUGCGUAUUUUCAAAAGAUGAGUGCGAAUAAUCAAUUUUUUUUUCAUAUGCAUCGGUUGGAUGACAAAAAUACCUUGAAAGACAUAAUGUGGGUAGAUGCUCGGAGUAGAGCAGCAUAUGAGGAGUUUGGUGAUGUGGUGUGCUUUGACUCGACGUAUUUGACGAAUGAGUAUGGGCUUCCGUUUGCUAACUUUGUGGGUGUAAAUCAUCACGGGCAAAGCAUUUUGCUUGGAUGUGCUUUAUUGUCUCAUGAGAAUACGGAGACAUUUGAGUGGCUUUUUUCGACUUGGUUGUGUUGUAUGGGUGGGAAGACACCGAAAGGGAUCCUAACGGACCAGGAUGCUGCUAUGCGGAAAGCGUUAAGGACGUCGAUGGGAGAGGCUCAUCACCGAUGGUGCCUUUGGCACAUAACUGAAAAAUUCUGUUCUAAGUUGGGAAAGUACAAGGGUUAUGAGGACUUCAAGGAUGAGCUAUUGAAUGCCAUUUACGAUAGUUUGGAUGCAGGGGAAUUUGAGGAUAGUUGGAGUACGGUAAUUGUGAAAUACAAGUUGACAGAGAAUGAAUGUCUAGCAGGACUAUUCCGUGAAAAGGAAAUGUGGGUCCCCGCGUAUUUGCGGCAUAUGUUUUGGGCAGGAAUGAAGACGAUGCAAUGA